CUUUACUUUCUCUCUCAUACGUAGAGGAGAGAAUUUAAUUUGAUGUUUACUUGAUAUAGUGGACAGAAGCUGAGCCAAGAGAAGAAGAAGGGGGUAGUAGGGUUUUAAUCUUCAUUCUUCACUAAUCCUUUUAUACUAUCCCAGAGUGUGUCUGUAAGAAAGAGAGACCCAAACAAAUUCACAAACCCUUCUUCUCUCAAUUUCAAUUUUUGUUGUUACUAUUACUAACCCUAGCUUCCUUCAACCCUCACUUUGAAACCCUAGCUGCUUCAGCCAUGGCUCAUUUCAGCUGAAUUCGCCACUAUGUUGCUGCCAUUUCAAUUCACAACAGCCAGGUGCAUGCGCGUCGUUUGAGUGGAGGAGGAAGAGGCAUGGACCGUGCGCUUCUCCUCGCGUGCGUGAUUUGCGGGAUCCUCUUCUCGGUGUUGGGCUUGGCGUCGUUCUUUAUCCUUUGGGCUGUGAAUUGGAGGCCCUGGCGAAUUUAUAGUUGGAUCUUUGCUCGGAAAUGGCCAAAUAUCUUGCAAGGUCCUCAACUCCAUUUGCUCUGUGGUAUCCUGAAUCUUUCUGCAUGGGUAGUUGUUAUUUCUCCAAUUCUGGUGCUUAUCAUUUGGGGCUCUUGGUUGAUUGUAAUAUUGGGUCGAGACCUGAUUGGUUUGGCUGUAAUAAUGGCUGGCACUGCUCUUCUAUUGGCAUUUUAUUCAAUUAUGCUGUGGUGGAGAACUCAGUGGCAAAGCUCAAGGGCUGUUGCAAUCCUGCUUCUUUUGGCUGUUGCUCUUCUUUGUGCAUAUGAACUUUGUGCAGUAUAUGUUACAACUGGAUCACGAGCAUCUGAUCGCUAUUCUCCUUCUGGUUUCUUUUUUGGAGUCUCUGCAAUUGCUUUAGCAAUCAACAUGCUAUUUAUUUGCAGAAUGGUGUUUAAUGGGAAUGGCUUGGAUGUGGAUGAAUACGUGCGAAGGGCUUACAAAUUUGCUUAUUCUGAUUGUAUUGAAGUAGGUCCAGUGGCAUGUUUACCUGAACCCCCAGACCCUAAUGAGUUGUAUCCGCGGCAAUCUAGAAGGGCUUCCCAUCUUGUACUGCUCUAUCUUGGUUCACUAUGUGUUCUGUUAGUAUACUCCAUCUUAUAUGGUCUAACAGCAAAGGAGGAGAAUUGGCUUGGAGCAAUUACAUCAGUUGCUGUUAUUAUUCUUGACUGGAAUUUGGGCGCUUGCCUGUAUGGUUUUCAACUUCUUGAUAGUCGUGUUGCAGCAUUGUUUAUUGCUGGAACAUCUCGUGUGUUUCUUAUCUGUUUUGGAGUGCAAUACUGGUAUUUAGGCCACUGUAUCAGCUAUGCUGUUAUGGCAUCUGUACUGCUAGGAGCGGCUGUUUCUCGCCAUUUAUCAGCCACAAACCCAUUAGCUGCUAGGAGAGAUGCCUUACAAAGCACUGUAGUUCGUCUGAGAGAAGGAUUCCGUAGAAAGGAGCACAACAGUUCUUCUAGCUUUUCUGAAGGCUGUGGCUCAAGUAUGAAACGAAGUAGUAGUGUUGAAGCUGGUAAUCUUGGUAAUGUCAUUGAAGUUGGCAGGGCUAUGGCUGCAGGUGAUGGGAGCAAUUGGAAUAAUGUCCUGUCUCAAACUACUAGUUUACCGGAUGGAAUCAAUAGCGAUAAAAGCAUAGAUAGUGGAAGGUCAAGUUUAGCAUUACAUAGCAGCUCCUGUCGCUCAGCUGUUCAUGAGCCAGAAGUUGGAACAUCAUCCGAUGAUAGAAAUUUGGAUCACAAUAAUUCUUUGGUGGUUUGUUCUAGUAGUGGUCUUGAUAGUCAAGGGAAUGAGUCUAGUGCAUCAAACUCUGCAAAUCAACAAACACUGGAUUUGAAUUUGGCUCUUGCAUUCCAGGAAAGGUUGAAUGACCCUAGAAUUGUAACUAUGCUGAAAAGGACAAGACAAGGUGAUCAAGAAUUGAGUAGUUUAUUACAGGAUAAAGGAUUGGAUCCUAAUUUUGCUAUGAUGUUAAAAGAGAAAAGUUUAGAAUUAGAUCCAACCAUACUGGCAUUGUUGCAAAGGAGUAGCAUGGAUGCAGAUAGAGAUCAUAAUGAAAAUACUGAUAACACCAGUGUUGACAAUGCCAUGCCUAAUCAAAUUUCAUUAUCUGAAGAAUUGAGGCUACACGGGCUUGAAAAGUGGCUUCAGUUGUGCAGACUUGUAUUGCAUCACAUUACGGGUACUCCAGAACGAGCAUGGGUUCUGUUUAGUUUUAUUUUCAUACUUGAAACCAUCAUUGUUGCCAUAUUUCGUCCGAAAACGAUCAAAAUUAUUAAUGCAACACACCAGCAGUUUGAGUUUGGUUUGGCGGUGCUCCUGUUAUCUCCUGUGAUAUGUUCAAUUAUGGCUUUCCUUCGAUCACUUACGGCAGAAGAAAUGUCCAUGACAUCAAAACCAAGGAAGUAUGGUUUUAUUGCUUGGCUACUCAGCACUUGUGUUGGAUUGUUGCUCUCCUUUUUAAGCAAAUCAUCUGUUCUCCUCGGUAUAUCCUUGACUGUGCCACUAAUGGUGGCAUGCCUUUCUGUUGCCAUUCCCAUAUGGAUUUGUAAUGGUUACCAAUUUUGGGUUCCCCGCCUGAAUUGUAAUGGAAGUGCUGGAAAUGAUCGAAUUCCUCGAACAAAGGAGGGUAUUGUUCUUCUUAUCAGUAUGUCAGUAUUUGUUGGAUCUGUACUGGCUUUGGGAGCAAUAGUUUCUGCAAAGCCCUUAGACGAUUUAAGAUACAAGGGAUGGAAUGGUGAUCCAAAAAUCUUGGGUUCCCCUUACACAUCAUCUGUUUUUCUUGGCUGGGCAAUGGCAUCUGCAAUUGGUUUAGUUGUUACGAGUGUGCUUCCAAUAAUUUCAUGGUUUGCAACAUAUCGGUUUUCCCUUUCCUCUGCUAUCUUUAUUGGACUUUUUGCAGUUAUUCUUGUGGCAUUUUGUGGGGUGUCUUAUUUAGAAGUUAUCAAAACCAGGGAUGACCAAGUUCCAACAAACGGUGAUUUCUUAGCUGCUUUACUUCCUUUAGUCUGCAUUCCAGCAGUGCUGUCACUUUGCUGUGGAUUGCUCAAGUGGAAGGAUGAUGAUUGGAAACUUUCUCGUGGUGUAUAUAUUUUUGUUAUAAUUGGUCUUUUGCUUCUGCUUGGUGCUAUUUCAGCUUUGAUAGUUGUUGUCAAGCCUUGGACUAUAGGAGUAGCAUUUCUUUUGGUUCUUCUUCUUAUGGUAUUAGCAAUUGGUGCCAUUCACCACUGGGCAUCAAACAAUUUUUAUUUGAGCCGGACACAGAUGGUCUUUGUUUGCUUCCUUGCUUUUCUGUUGGCUUUGGCAGCAUUUCUUGUUGGAUGGUUUGAAGGUAAACCAUUUGUUGGAGCAUCAGUUGGUUAUUUUUCAUUUCUUUUUCUUCUUGCUGGACGGGCAUUGACAGUUCUGCUUUCAAAUCCCAUUGUUGUAUAUUCUCCUCGAGUUUUGCCAGUGUAUGUGUAUGAUGCUCAUGCAGAUUGUGGAAAGAAUGUCAGUGUGGCCUUUCUCAUGCUAUAUGGGAUUGCCCUGGCAACCGAAGGCUGGGGGGUUGUUGCAAGCUUAAAGAUAUAUCCACCCUUUGCUGGUGCAGCUGUAUCAGCAAUUACCCUAGUUGUUUCAUUUGGGUUUGCUGUAUCUCGUCCUUGCCUAACUCUUAAGAUGAUGGAAGAUGCUGUGCAUUUCCUCGGUAAGGAAACUGUUAUUCAAGCAAUUGCUAGAUCAGCAACAAAGACCAGAAAUGCAUUAUCUGGAACCUACUCAGCACCACAGAGGUCGGCUAGUUCUGCUGCACUUUUGAUUGGAGACCCUACCAUUAUGCGUGAUAGGGCAGGAAAUUUUGUGCUUCCUAGAGCUGAUGUGAUGAAAUUGAGAGACCGCUUGAGAAAUGAAGAAUUAGUUGCAGGUUCAUUCUUUAGUAGAUUAAGAUAUCAUAGGACAUUCCGCCAUGAGCCAACCAGCGAUGUAGAUCAUAGAAGAGUAAUGUGUGCUCAUGCUCGAAUUCUGGCACUAGAAGAGGCCAUUGAUACUGAGUGGGUGUACAUGUGGGACAAGUUUGGUGGUUAUUUGCUUUUGUUGCUUGGUUUGACAUCUAAGGCGGAACAAGCACAGGAUGAGGUUCGUCUGAGACUCUUUCUUGAUAGCAUUGGAUUUUCUGAUUUAAGUGCUAAGAAAAUAAAGAAGUGGAUGCCAGAAGAUCGCAGGCAAUUUGAAAUCAUUCAGGAGAGUUACAUAAGAGAAAAGGAGAUGGAAGAGGAAGUCUUCAUGCAGAGGCGUGAAGAGGAGGGCAGAGGGAAAGAAAGGAGGAAGGCUCUACUUGAAAAAGAGGAACGUAAAUGGAAGGAGAUAGAAGCUUCUCUGCUCUCCUCCAUUCCUAAUGCUAGCAGCAGAGAGGCUGCUGCCAUGGCAGCGGCAGUACGUGCAGUUGGAGGCGAUUCUGUUCUAGAUGAUUCCUUUGCUCGAGAGAGGGUUUCAAGCAUUGCACGUAGAAUUCGUGCUUCACAAUUGUCUCAGCGUGCACUUCAGACAGGAGUGGCAGGUGCCAUAUGUGUUCUUGAUGAUGAGCCAACAGCCAGUGGCAAACAUUGUGGUCCAAUUGAUUCCAGUCUAUGUCAAAGUCAAAAAGUUAGCUUCUCCAUUGCAUUGAUGAUUCAACCUGAAUCUGGUCCUGUUUGUCUUUUGGGCACUGAGUUUCAGAAGAAGAUUUGCUGGGAAAUUCUUGUGGCUGGAUCUGAACAAGGUAUUGAGGCUGGACAAGUUGGGCUUAGAUUGAUUACUAAAGGUGAUAGGCAAACAACGGUUGCAAAGGAGUGGAGUAUUAGUACAACAAGUAUUGCAGACGGAAGGUGGCAUAUUGUAACAAUGUCAAUUGAUGCUGAUUUAGGUGAAGCAACAUGUUAUUUGGAUGGUGGAUAUGAUGGCUACCAGAGUGGAUUACCAUUGUGUGUGGGUAGCAGCAUUUGGGAGCAGGGGACAGAAGUGUGGGUUGGUGUUAGGCCACCAACAGAUAUUGAUGCAUUUGGUAGGUCAGAUAGUGAAGGGGUUGAAUCUAAGAUGCAUAUUAUGGAUGCUUUUCUCUGGGGAAGGUGCUUAACUGAUGAUGAGGUUUCUUCUCUUUAUAACUCAAUGGCUUCGGCGGACUUCAGUGCACUUGAUUCCCCUGAAGAUAAUUGGCAGUGGGCUGAUUCACCUACGAGGGUUGAUGGUUGGGACAGUGAUCCUGCUGAUGUAGAUUUAUAUGACAGAGAUGACGUAGAUUGGGAUGGACAGUAUUCUAGUGGGAGGAAAAGAAGGUCAGAGCGUGAUGGCAUGAUGGUGGAUAUUGAUUCCUUUUCGAGGAAGUAUAGAAAACCUAGAAUAGAAACACAAGAAGAGAUUAAUCAACGGAUGUUAUCUGUAGAAUUAGCCAUCAAAGAAGCUCUCUAUGCUAGAGGAGAGAGACGUUUUACUGAUCAGGAAUUUCCUCCCAAUGAUCACUCAUUGUUUGUGGACCCUGCAAACCCCCCUGCAAAGUUGCAGGUUGUUUCUGAGUGGUUGAGGCCAGGUGAGAUUGGCAGGCAAAACCAUCUUGACUGUCGUCCGUGCUUGUUUUCAGAAGCUCCAAAUCCUUCAGAUGUUUGUCAGGGCCGUUUAGGUGAUUGUUGGUUCUUGAGUGCUGUUGCUGUUCUGGCAGAGGUUUCACGUAUAUCAGAGGUUAUCAUCACUCCUGAUUAUAACGAGGAGGGAAUUUACACUGUUUGCUUUUGUGUUCAGGGUGAAUGGAUCCCUGUUGUUGUUGAUGAUUGGAUUCCUUGUGAAUUACCGGGUAAACCUGCAUUUGCUACUAGUAAGAAGGGCUAUGAACUUUGGGUCUCCAUAUUGGAGAAGGCAUAUGCCAAGUUGCAUGGCUCUUAUGAAGCACUAGAAGGUGGGCUUGUUCAAGAUGCUCUGGUGGAUCUUACAGGGGGUGCUGGGGAGGAAAUUGACAUGAGGAGUGGUGAAGCCCAGAUUGACCUUGCAAGUGGUAGAUUGUGGUCUCAACUGUUGCGCUUCAAGCAAGAAGGUUUUCUCCUAGGUGCAGGAAGUCCAUCAGGUUCAGAUGUGCACAUCUCUUCUAGUGGCAUUGUGCAAGGACAUGCAUACUCAAUACUGCAGGUAAGAGACGUGGAUGGUCAUAAACUUGUUCAGAUCCGAAAUCCAUGGGCCAAUGAAGUGGAGUGGAAUGGUCCCUGGUCUGACUCGUCGCCUGAGUGGACAGAUAGGAUAAAGCACAAGCUGAAGCAUGUUCCACAGUCAAAAGAUGGCAUAUUCUGGAUGUCCUGGCAAGAUUUUCAGAUUCAUUUUCGAUCAAUAUAUAUUUGCCGUAUCUACCCAUCAGAGAUGCGUCAUUCUGUUCAUGGUCAAUGGCGUGGUUACAGUGCCGGGGGGUGUCAGGAUUAUGAUACGUGGAAUCAAAAUCCACAGUUCAGAUUGACUUCAACUGGGCAAGAUGCAUCAUUUCCAAUUCAUGUAUUCAUUACCUUAACUCAGGGUGUGGGAUUUUCAAGAACAACAGCUGGUUUUAGAAAUUAUCAAUCCAGCCAUGAUUCACAGAUGUUUUACAUUGGAAUGAGGAUACUAAAAACUCGUGGCAGACGUGCUGCUUUCAAUAUAUACCUACAUGAAUCAGUUGGUGGGACAGACUAUGUUAAUUCACGAGAAAUAUCCUGUGAAAUGGUUUUGGAACCUGAGCCAAAGGGAUAUACUAUAGUUCCUACUACUAUACACCCCGGUGAAGAAGCACCGUUUGUACUUUCUGUUUUCACCAAGGCGUCGAUAACUCUGGAAGCUUUGUAGUGCCUAGGGAUAGUUUUUACAUGUAUCUUGUCCUCUUGAUAAGUUUCUCUGCCUGGGUUCUCGGUGGAUCAUUUACUUGUACUGCCGGAGCCCGUCUUUAGAACAAUCGGCAUUGAGAUACUAUUCCUGGCGGAAACGACAUGGCAUCUGUUUGAGAGAUGAAUGAGGUAUAGCUGCGCAUAAACUCUUGGUCUUUGAAUCUGACGAUUUGUCAUCUUGAACAAUGCUUCUGCCAGCAUUGAAGAGGGCUCUCGGGGUGUUUAUUGUGUACAUAAAAAAUUGGUACUAUAGGGGUAUACUUGUAACCAUUUAAGCAAAGUUGAAAAAGAAAUAGCUGAAAAUAAGUAGGAAAUUACUAACACCUGGUUCAAUGGAGGUAAGGACGGUGUGGGGAGGUAUAGUAACAAGCAUUGAGUGACUGAUUGUAAAUUCAGUUGCCGUUUUGACAACUGCAAAAAAUUGUACAAACAUUAACAAUUAUCAGUUCCUAUCAUUUAUUGGCAUUCGGGAAAAUUUUGUACAAAUGUUUUUCUAGUCUAAUUUGAUUUCAAAAUAUAAGGAGCAUUCACUAGUUGUAGUU